AUGCUAAGCAAACUGCAGAUAUUGAGCCCGUUAGCCAGUACACCGAUCAUCCACGGGGUUGGCCUGAACUAUAAAGCGCAUGCUGAUGAAGGCGAUGCUGAGCUUUGUGUAAUUAUUGGAAAAGAGUGCAAGAACAUCUCAACGUCAGAAGAUCCUUUGGAUUAUGUGCUUGGCUAUUCCGCUGGCAAUGAUGUUUCUUCAAGAUACUGGCAAGAUAAGACGCGCUCGAGCGGGCAGCAUGGCUAUGGGAAAUCCAUGGAUAAGUUCGCCCCACUUGGACCUGUCAUCGUUUCCACGGAAGUUCUGAGAGACCCCUCGUCACUGAGGAUCUCAGCGUACGUGAACGGGGAACGUAGACAAGACUCAACAACAGCGAGUAUGAUAUUUGACGUGGCAACAUUGGUAAGGCAUCUAAGCCGUGGUAUCACGCUACGCCCAGGAACAAUCAUUAUGACAGGCACACCCGAUGGUGUGGCGGCGUUCAUGAAGCCUUCUCCGUGGCUGAAACACCGCGAUGUGGUAGAAGUCGAAAUUUCUGGUAUUGGCAAGAUCAAGAAUAGGAUGUGGUUCGCAGAUGAAAAUAAUCUCCCACCUGAUGAUCGGACACCGGGAUUCUAG